AUGCAACUCCGAACUCGGCCUUUCGUCUGGAGAGAUAGAAGAUUCCAUGUUCACAUCUGAGGUCACGGAAGAUUCAACACCCUCUGCUGGAAGAUUGCGAAAUGCUGAAGGUGCAUGGUGCUUCAACAACGAAUCCAUUUCAUCCCAAACCGCCAUCCUUACAGUGAACUUAGGUCGACAAACAUUCGUGACUGGAUUCGCAUCCCAAGGUCCUCCAGAAGGACUCAGACCGAAGAAUUAUAACCACGUGAUUGGUUUCUCUGCCUCUUACAGCCUAAAUGGAGAACAAUGGAGUGAAUUCAACGCUGGCAAUCUAUUCUUCGACAAUGCUGAUAAAAACGCCACAAGAGAUGUUAUUAACUAUCACGUGAGCAGCAGCAUAGAGUUAACUCAAUAUGUGAAAAUAAAUGUUACCAUGCUCAUCUCUGGUGCCACAGACAUCUGCCUGAGAUUUGAGUUUUAUGGCUGUGGUACAGACAUUCAGCCUGUCACUAAUGUAAAGGCCAUGACAACAUCCAAAGGUCAGAUAGAAGUGAGUUGGAAAGAACCUACUGCUGAUACUUCUCUGGAAGAAGGCGUUCUUAGCACCGGUAUCUUGAAACCAAAUGGUUACCUAGUAUUCUACCAAUCAGUGGAAUCACGAAGUCCACUUUCGUCAUUGAACAACCAACCAGAAGAUUUGCAAAGCUUUCUUAGUACAAUGACAACAGACAGGACACUUUCUUUAGAAGAUGUCCGUCUGGGCGCUACCUACCACAUAAUAUUACGAUGCAUCGUUAAGGAUUUCAAGAUAGAUUGUGGCUGGAGGAAUAUUGAAGCCUAUCCACCAUGCCCGGAAGGCUGGACUGGUGGAAACGAAUACCAUUGCUUUCUAUAUAUUACUCCAGUUACAACAUACUCUGAAGCAAGAGACACAUGUGCCAAACAGGAUACAGAUCAAGAACUUGGUAAAUUAGGAACACUAGUUGACGACGACGAAAAAGAUUUUCUUACUUCUCGAAUACUUCCCGAAUAUGAUGUCCGACAACUCUGGUUCGUUAAAAAGGGAUGUGAUGAACAGGAACUUGGAAAGUAUAUUCGAUCUGAGGAAGAAUGCUGUAGUCUGCUAAAUGUCUUAGACGAUGGCUCAAUCCAAGAAACGAGUUGCGGAAGUGAUGACUCACCCUCAUCUGCAGUAUGCUUAUGGGAUCAUAAAGGUGAAGGGGCUAGAAUUCGAGUUUCUGCUGUUGAAUCGUCCGAAGAUGGAGUAAGAGCAAGUAUCAAAUGGCGAUACGAAGGUAAGGGUUGGAAGACAGACGAACUCCAAGCUAAAUUAUGGACAGAAGAAGGUAGAGAGGAUAUCCUGACUUAUUCGACUCUGAAAAAUGUUUUUGAAAUAAUUGACUUAAAACCUGGUGUAACUUACUCAUUGCUGCUUCGGCCUGCUCCUAACAUUAGAACCGAGGAGUUUACUUAUAAAUUUGUCAUAAUUCAGUUUGAAGAGGAAGCUGUCAGUUAUGGCGCCCUUCUUACACCAGUCCCUAUGUCAAUCUAUGUGAUUGGCUCCGGAUUCUUAAAACUGAAGUGGGAAAAUGCCAAAACUUUAUCCGCAAGUGGACAAAUAAGAGAAGCAAGUAAAUAUUCGAUCACUCACCAGAGGGCAAAUCAAGAUACAAAAACUGUCGAAGUUACUGAGGAAGAAUUUCUACUGACACCUUUGGCAAUGAGAGAAAAGUACUCAUUUGAACUAACGUGCUAUUUCGCCAACACUUUUUACGUUUGUGGUUCUAUCUCAAUUACUACAGAUGUUCCAGAUUAUUUCAAACGUCAGUUUUCUGGAUCUUACACCUUAUAUGAAACAUUCGAAAACAUCGGAAAGAAUUGGGCUGAAGCGGAGAGUGACUGUCUUGAAAGAUCUGGCCAUUUAACAAGCGUGUUAGACGAAAGCGAGGCGAAGAUAUUGUUACAAAUCUUACCUUACAAAGAUGUCAAAGUGUGGACAGGCGCUAAAAUCGGUCGGAAAGGUUCCGGAUUCUGGACAGAUGGACAGAAAAUCACUUAUUUACCCAUGGCUAAGACUUCGGGAGUGACAUCAUCUUCGGAGUCUUGUUGCAGGGCUUUGAAUGAAGCUGGAAAACUUCGACUUGCUGGAACAAAUUGUGAGGAUGAGAAUCCGUAUAUAUGCAAGUAUUCUUUUAAAGAAAUCCUUGCUGUUCCCGUUCUUCUGACUGCAAAAGCUCAAGCUUGGGAUUCUGUACAAGUGUUGUGGAAUAGGCCUGAAGAGUACUGGUUACCUACAUAUUACAAUGUCCUUUUAUGCUCAGAAAACUCUAAACCAGCUUGCAAUGAAAAUCGCAAACUCAAAGACGAGCUGAUUGUUGUUGAAGGUUUACAAGAAUAUACGAUAUACAAAGUCACAGUUGAAGCUUUAUUAGAGGCUUUGGAUGCCAAAACGGUUGCAGAGACUACGGUUAUGACUUAUCCGAAGUCUCCCGUCCGAUUCGUUAUUUCCUCUGAGGGUGUGAUCAAAGUGCAGACACCCAUGAUGGUAGCUUUGGGAAAAGCAGGUGAACCUGUCAAAGUUAUAAUAUAUCAAUCAUCUACUUCGGUGGCGACAGCCUUGGGAGAUGUUUCUGAAGUGCAGCUAACUAAACUAAUACCAGAAGAGAGUUACGAAAUGCUGGUUCAGCAAGAUGGAGGAGAUUGGGAGUACAGAAUGACUUUCAAUGCAGUUCCCACCUGUAUUCAAGAAGACCUGCGGAUGGGCAUUCUCUGCUACCGCUUAGAGCCUGAUAUCAAAAGUUUUGAUUCUGCCAAAGCUUUUUGCAAUGGGGAAAAGAUGAACAUCUGGAGUCCUGAUUCAGUUUAUGAGUUAGAAAAUGUUGCUAAAAAUUUAGAACUCACUUCAGGAUUUUGGAUUGAAAAACCAUCUUCAGAUGCUUUGUCUGGAAUUAAAACUGAUGAAUCAUGUUCUAAAAGUAACAGUGAUGCCAGAUGUUGCUCUUAUAAUAUGGAGAUUUUAGCUGUGACAUGUUCUUGUUGUGACACAGAACAAGCAGUUAUAUGUGUUUAUGAAGUGAAAGCUAAUUUAGGGCAAGUGUCAAACCUUCUACCAUCCUUCAUCGGAAAUACGUCGAUACAAGUAGAAUGGUCUGCUCCAGAAGAUAUUUCUUGGAACAUCCAAAGGUAUGAAGCUCAGUGCGUUUCAGAAGAUGAGACAUCCGAAGUAAUUGCGAAAACAGUGGAAGGUUUGGAAGUUGCUUUCGAAGGCCUGGAAUUUGGCACUGAUUACGAAAUAACUAUCACGCCUUUUGGAUCCAAGCAAUUAAAAGGACAGAGUUCCAUGAUUUUAAUUCAAACUUUAGAUCCAAGAACAGCCAUUUUGGUGACAGUAGAAUCAAACGGAAUAGCUAUCAUUUCAAGUCCACGACUCAUUCAGAAAGGCAGAGGAAAUGAAGAGGUGGAUAUAUCUUUGCAAGAGAUUGAAACCUCUACGAAGAAUGCUGCUUUAAAAGUUAAAGGUACAGUAGAAAAGACAGAAAUAACUGGCCUGAAGCCUGGAACAAAAUAUGCAGUUACUAUGACUCCUGCAAAAGAAACGGGCAAGCCCUUUAACUACAACGCAACCUUCACAGCUUAUCCUUCCUGCGGUGAGAACCGUGUCCAGGAUGGGUUUUUAUGCGUUUGGACUCCCGAGCAAAAAACCACCUGGAAAGAAGCAUUUCAGAUUUGUAAAAACGACGAUGGAGAGCUCUUGGAUUACAAUACGCAGAAAGAAUUAACUGCUCCCGUCAAGGCCCAAUUAGUAUCGCACGUGCAUCAAAGAUUUUGGGUAGACAUAUCCAACGCUGAAAGUCAAAAUCUCGUGAAAGGGGAUGUUGAGCAAUGUGCAGGAGUCGAAACUACAGAUGUAAUGUGUUGUUCCUACGAGCUGGCCGAAGAUGGAGAACUGGAUGAUCUCAAAUGUACUUGCUGUGACGAACCCAGGCCUUUCGCUUGCAAAAGCGUUGCAAAAAUCGAUUUAGGAGAUAUAGGUGAUAUUUUGGUACAAGAUGUGACGAUGACGUCUCUGAAAAUCGGAUGGACAAUGGUAUCCGACACGAACUGGAAGGAAAGGUCCUUCAUGGUCACGUGGGAAUCUACUUCAUCCACUCAGCGUCGGAAAAGAGAAAUCGAAAUUUAUCAGAAAGUUGUAAAAGACACUUCUGCUGUCAUAGAAGACCUGAAACCGGGUACUACGUAUAGAGUAGCUGUGGCACCACAUGCAGAGUCUAUCAUAGCAGAGGAAUCUGGCAAAGAAGUCAUUGUCUCAACAAGAGAAAAUGUUGUUACAGCUGGAUAUACGGAUUCCAGGUGCAUGCUUGUUAUUCUCAAGAUCUCUUGCUGUAUUACUGUGAUAUUAGGUACCGGUUGUACAGUGUUCGUGCUCAUUGCCACAAAGAUGCUGUACCUGGAUUGCUUGGCUCAAAUAUUUUCUGAGAUCUCUACUUUGGCAGCUUAUUUAUGCAUACUUGUAUCUUCUGCUCAUUCGUAUAGUGUUGAUGAAGCAUGUGUAAAUUCUAGCCCAAAGUUAUGUGUGGCCGUCUGUGUUCUUAUUCAAUUCUUCUUCCAAGGAACAUUCCUUUUCCUUCUUUUGGAAAGUGUACGUAUGUGCUCUGUUCUUAAGGAGUUUGUACCUGGAUGUUGCAGUCCCAGUUCACCUUUUAGUCUUAUAUUUUUUGGUUUUGGCAUUCCAGCUGUCAUGACGACAGUUUCUGCAGCUAUAGCUAGCGAUGAAUUUUCGGAUGGUGAUGAUAAAUGCUGGAAGGAAAGACCAAGAUUGAUUGAUGAAGUCCAGGAAAAGUUGCUUUGCUGGCUGAAUAUCAAUGGGCGUGCCAUGCUUCCAUCAGUGCUACCUAAUCUCGUCUUUGGUGCCCUCACUUUAUUUCUAUUACUUUCCAUGUUCGACGCUGAUCAACCCAGACCGGAUAUAUCACCAAUUCGACUUAUGAGAGGAAGAGUUUUCCUUAAAACUCGGUGGGCAUGCUUCGCCAUUUUAGUAAUCACUGCUGUUUCCUAUGGUACGGGAAUGAUGGGUGCCAAUAACAGAGAUUCUACCCUCAAUUAUGUGUUCAUCGGUUUUAGCACAUGUUUGGGUUUCUUUGUACCACUUCUCAGGAUCAGGUGUGAUGACCAAAUCAAAGAGAAGCUGAAGAAAGGUUUAUUUUCCAACUUACGCGAUGAUUUAGGAGGUAUUCGAGUGACUCCUGCACCUGACAAAUAUGAUCCUAAGCCUUUGCUUCAGAUGGAAGAAUUCAACAAAAAGAAAUAUCACGAGAAACAGAUAACCAACUUUUCCUUACAAAGGGAUGAACUAGACGAUUCAGGAAUAGCAUGGCAUCGCUGAAAUUCUUUAACUGGAAGCAACCAUUGAGUUAAUGAUGAUUUUUAAAAAUUUUUGAUUAAAUAAUUCAAUAAUGAUGUAAGCCAUCAUUACGUUAUUGAAUUACAGAAUGAUAGCGGAAUUACGACUGAUUCCGAAUUUUAUAUCAGUCAGAAAAUUACUUGAUCAAAAGUUGCGUCAAAUGUUUCUCCAAAGCUGAAGCCAUUUCUGAACUUAUUCUUAAGCACAGCUCAUAUGGAUGAAAAUAGCAUCUAGAAAAAGAGAAAUUCAAAGUAUUUUGUAAAAUGUAUUUUGUUCAAACUACUUUUCUAAAUAAAAUAUUCCA